AGCUGGAAAUACAGAACAUGAAACGAACUGUAAUCAUAAACAUGAAUACGUGAAUGUGGUUGAGGUUAUAAACGUUCUUUUUGUAAAAAUCACAAUUUUUUAAUAGCUGGCUCAAUCUCAGAGUAGAUUAGUCAGCAAUUUCUCCAACUAAAUUAUCAUAUCGAGUGAAUACUCUCAAUAAUUAGAUAUUAUCGUUCUCUGGUAUGCCGAAAACAUGUCAGUGUGUACAAAUGUUUUAAAUCUGCAAGGCGGGAACUUCAGUGAGUUAACUUUUAACAUGGAUAGUAAAUUUGUGCUGGAGAUGUUACCGGAAGUGCACGAGGAUUGGCUCCAAUUACCGUGGUUAUGGGCCAUGUGCGGCUCAAUUUUAAUAGGACUCAGUGGUGUAUUUCCGUUACUGGUCAUAUCCAUAGAUGAGACUAAGAACUUGCAACAAGGAGAUAGCGCGAAUACGCUGAAAACGCUUCUCAGUUUCGCAGUCGGGGGACUUUUGGGGGACGUUUUUCUCCACUCGCUGCCGGAAAUUUGGGCAAAUGACUCAGCCAGAAAUGGUGGUGCUUCACCCAUGUACAAUGGCCUCCUGGUACUCUCCGGACUGAUGGCGUUCGUGAUAGCGGAAAAGGUAUUCUCAGUGAUAACGAAAUUAAACGAACAAAUCGAGGAGCAACAGACGAAAACGAUCAACAAUAACAAUUACGACAGCCCGAAACCUUCAAAGGAUGGCAGUCGGAUAACCGGGUAUCUCAACCUCUUGGCGAAUUCCGUCGACAACUUCACGCACGGACUCUCGGUGGGCGGCGCGUUCCUCGUCUCGCUGAGGUUGGGCUGUCUCACGACGUUCGCGAUUUUAGUUCACGAGGUCCCGCACGAAGUCGGCGACUUCGCGAUUCUGCUAAAGUCGGGAUUUACUCGAUGGGAUGCAGCGAAAGGGCAGCUUUUUACGGCGGGCGGGGGACUUGUCGGCGCGCUCGUGUCGAUUUUCUGUAGUGGAGCGUCGAACGCUUUAGAAGCCAGAACAUCGUGGAUUUUACCUUUCACUUCAGGUACCUUCCUUCACAUAGCUUUGGUAACCGUUCUUCCAGAUCUCUUAAAAGAGGAAGAUCCUAAGGAAUCGUUCAAACAGUUGUUGGCGUUAAUAUUAGGCAUAUGUAUAAUGGGUUUUGUAGGAGUUGUUUUAGAGUAAAAGCCAGUUGCCGUUGUUACAGUUGUGUUUAUUCCUAUUGUUUGUUAAAAGAAUUUACCAUUUCUUUAUAUCCAGUAUUUUUAUUAUUACUCUGUUUUCUUUACAACGUUACGAUGAAGCAUGUUUUCUUACAAAACUCAUUGGGGUUUGUCCCAAAGUAAUGUGAUAUUACAUAUAUGACAUAGUUGUAGUUGUACAGAGUA